UAUCUCAUUUCAGAUCUCGAACAACGAUUUGAUUGGACAAGACACGCAAGUUUUUAUUUUAUUUUAUUUCAAUAUUUGGAAGUGUUGCUUGGAUCUACCGAGAUCUGGUUCAGAACAAGACGUUUCUGGGCAUUUUUCUGGUCGAUCCAGCGAGGUGAAAGAGCCGAAGAGGGGUUUUCAGAACGGUAAGAUGAAUAUAUUCAGAUUAGCAGGGGACAUGACCCAUUUGGCCAGCGUGUUGGUUUUGCUUCUCAAGAUCCAUACCAUCAAAUCUUGUGCCGGUGUUUCUCUAAAGACACAAGAAUUGUAUGCUAUGGUUUUUGCUGCUCGCUACUUGGAUAUAUUCACAGACUAUGUCUCUCUCUAUAAUACUGUAAUGAAACUGAUAUUCUUAGGAAGCUCUUUCUCAAUUGUGUGGUACAUUAGGCGUCACAAAAUUGUUCGGAGAUCAUAUGACAAAGACCAAGAUACUUUUCGCCACCUUUUCCUAAUCCUCCCAUGUUUACUUUUGGCGCUGUUCAUAAAUGAGAAGUUUACCUUCAAAGAGGUUAUGUGGACCUUCUCUAUUUAUUUGGAAGCUGUUGCCAUCCUGCCUCAGCUGGUCUUGUUGCAGAGGACAAGAAAUAUUGACAACUUAACUGGCCAAUACGUUUUACUCUUGGGUGCGUAUCGUGCCUUGUACAUUUUAAACUGGAUUUAUCGCUACUUCACGGAGCCUCAUUAUGUCCAUUGGAUAACUUGGAUAUCAGGACUUGUUCAGACAUUGCUUUAUGCUGAUUUCUUCUAUUAUUACUUCCAAAGCUGGAAAAAUAACACAAAACUCGAGUUGCCAGCUUGAGCCUCCAAAGUCCAAAGAAAGAAGCAUCAAAUGAAUGAAUGUUUCAGUUUGUUACGGAUGCAUACUUGCUUGAUUUUGAACGAACAUUUAGCGGCGUAGGUGAAACAUAGAUAGAUCCAUCUCUACAAACUACAUCACAUGUACAAUGCAAAGCGCCAUGAAUUCUUUAACAUCAUGCUUCUCUUGCUACUCUCAUUCACUUCACAUCAUAAAACUAUACUCCGCACCGGACUCUGUGAAUA